AUGGAGUCAAAACCCGCCACGGUGCUCUCCACAGAGCAGCUCACCACGCUCGCCAACGAGGCCUUCAAGGGCUACAUUGGCAACCUCGUCAGCUUCACCCCCGAGGCCCUCACCAAGUGGCUCAACGACAGCUUCAUCUCCCUGCCCCUCAGCCACAUUUUCUUCUCGCCCGAAAACCCCGAUGAGCCCAUUGCCUUUGGCCUCAUCGCGACGCACGAUGGGCGGCCAGGCAAGUCCCGUCUAGGCGCCAUGGGCGUCGUGCCCGCGUUCCAGGGCAAGGGCGUUGGCGGGCGCGCCCUGACCACGAUUAUCGAGGCCGAGCGCCGGAGAGGGGUCUCGCUGUUUGAGCUCGAGUGCAUCAAGCAGAACACGCGGGGCGUGCAAAUGUACAAGCGCGCGGGUUUCGAAGUUCACCGCGAACUGGUCGGCUGGCAGCGCGAUGCGCCUGCGAGCGGCGAAUUUCAAGACAGCUCGGAGUUGACGUUGUGUUCGUUUGAGGAUGUCGACAAGGUGGUCAAGACACACGGUGCGGAUGACCUGCCGUGGCAAGCUUGGGGGUUCACGCAAGACAGCAAGGCGCAGCGCGCGUUCCGCCUGGGCGAUGCCUACUGCGUCAUCUCCAAUCCGGAAGACGACGAGAAAGACACCGUCAGGAUGCAGUGUCUCAUUGUCGACCCUUCCUCAAGAGGCAAGGGCGAGGCGUCGCAGUUGAUCAAGGCGCUGAUGGGAAGGUACCCGACCAAGAAAUGGGCCGCAGGGGCAAUAUUCCCGAAAGAGUACGGGGCCAAUAUUGCUUCGAAGCUGGGCUUCUCGCAGCCGGACAUGUACCAGUACCAAAUGUAUCUCAAGCUCGACUAG